AUGUGUAUAUUGGCAACGAUUGAUUCUAAAUGGCAGCUGAACUUGCCGCCCGAAAUUUUAAUGGUUGCGAGACUAUUGGCAAUUUUAAUUACAAUGCAUAUCUCUAAUCUAAAAAAUGAGUUUUAUCAACCGCUGAUAGGAAAUAAAAUAUUGUUGCUGGUCCAUUAUGAUGUGGAUGCAGUAUGUGCCUGCAAAAUUUUACAGUAUCUUUUUAGAUCGGACCAUAUAUCAUAUACUCUUGUUCCAGUUAGAGGUGUAGAAGAAUUGAAAUAUGCCUUUCUCAGUUUUUGUAAAGAAGUGAAAUAUGUACUGUUCGUGAAUUGUGGAGGAACAAUAGACCUGAUAGAUACACUAGAGCCUGAAAAUUCAAUAGUGUUUUUUGUUCUGGAUGCCCAUAGACCUACUGAUGUGUGUAAUGUGUAUUCCCCAGAUCAGGUGAAAUUGCUGGUUCCACGUUCUGAUGAUGAAAAAAUUCCUCAUCCAUCUGAAAUAUUCCGAGAUGAGUCAGAUGAAGAUGACGAUGAUGAUGAAUCAGGAGAUGAGGGUGAUCGGCAAGAUAGACGUCGUCAGAAGGCUGAAGAAGCUAUGAGAAAGCGAAGAGAGAAAAGGCAAUGGGAAGAAAACAGAAAUCAUGUUCUCUUCAGUUAUACUCAGUACAGUUAUUAUGGAAGAUCAAGUGCUGUUGUGAUGUAUGAACUUGCUUGGAGGAUGUCAAAAGACACAAAUGACCUUCUGUGGUUGGCCAUUGUUGGAGCAACCGAACAAAUGCUGUUGGCAAAAGUAGAUUAUCAGCGUCUGCAACUAGCGUUAUAUCGUCAUUGGACUGUUGAAGCAAGUUUACGAUAUUCUCGAUAUUCUGCUACGAAGUUGCGGCUUUGGACUUUAAGGGGAGAGAGCAAAGUUCAAGAACUCUUGGCUGAAAUUGGUCUUCCGCUGGUGCAAAGCCGCCAGAAAUUUACAUCAAUGAAUAUGAUUCUAAGAAAAGAGUUUCCGGAAAGUAUGGAGAAACUAGGUGAGAAGUAUAACAUGGAUAGGAUCAUGACUGCUACCUUCUUCCUCCAAUACGGUUACCGUGGUCGCUUUUGUGCCUUUGACUUUGUUUAUGGUGUUCUUGCUCUUCUGGAAUCUCGUGGAACUCUUGAUGUUCAGUUGUAUUCCAGUCCAUUGUGCUUGGGCUUGCUUGCUCAGUUUGCAUUGGAAGCGUAUGUGGGCUCGUCUCGAAGCAAGAAGGCUGCAAGCCAACCUCUUAUUGCAUCGGCACCACUAGAUCCUGAGAAAGGCACCUGCUUGCUUCUUGGGAUACCACCUGUAGCUGAUGAAUCAUCGAACAAUUUCUUUGGAAAAGCGUUUGAGCAAGCAGGUGAACGAAUUAGUGCUCGAAUGAACAUGGAUUAUUUUGACACCUCCAGCCUGUUGAAGCGCGGCGAGGGCGGCGGCAGGGCUCAACGCUUGGCCGCGUGCCCGAAGGCACGCAAGCGCCUCGCGCGCGUCUGUCUGCCGCCCACCGACCUUGUAAACAAGAAGGCAGAAGGGGGCGGUCGCGCCACGGUGCUGGCGCAG